UAGGAAAUGUAUCAACAAUUAAGCAUUAGUGGUGGAAUUUCAAAAGAGUCACAGAGUCUUGAUAUGGAUCACAGUAGAUAUCUCAUCGAUUUGCUUCAGAAAGCUGAAUUUAAAGCCAAGAUGAGCUUAUACUAUCUUAAAGAAAGCGGUGAAAACGACAAAAAGGAAGAAGAGAUACUCAGUAAACAAACAAAUUUUAAUGAUAUAAACGAUGCAAACGAUGCAAACGAUAUAAACGACCUUUACAAUUCAUCGCAGAUGUACUGUAAAAACUUAGAAAAGCAGUUAAAUGAUAAGAACGUUGAGAUAAGAAAGAUCCAACUUGGUUCUGAGGAGAUUUCCCGUCACAAUGAAGCGAUGAUGGAGGAAAUAAACCACCUUAAUAAUAGACUUGAAAUGUACCCAAAGACAAUUAAGGAUCUUAAAGCAGAAAUUGAAAAACUCUCUGAAAAGGUCGGUAAGCUGGAGGCACAAAAGAAGUUCAUGGAACAGCAAGCGUUACAGAACGAGGCCAGGCUGCAACAAAGUCACUCAGUCCAACAAGACUUGCACCAGUCACACAUCUAUAUCAACCGGCUCAAGAGAUAUCUUGAUUCUUCCAGUGCCAUGGGAACUGGAUCUCCCCCUCCUCCGGUCCUCCUCUUGGACAAGACAUCACAAACCACUUCAACUGGUAGCACUGAUAAUCAGGACCAGGUACAAUCAGCGCUGAAAGAUCAAUCUCAGACGAUCCGGGAGCUCAGAUCUGAUUUGAUAGGUCUGAGGAGAUCUUGCUCUGAGUUUACUGCUUUAAAUGAUGAUCUGGACAAAUUAAGGGACUUGUUUCAAUCAAACAGUGGUUCAGCUGAUGAAUCUCUACAUGAAAACGGUGUACAUAAAAAUGGUGUACAACAACCUGAAGAUCAAACUACGCCCAUCCCUAUACAGUUCUUAUUGAACGUAGAACGGGUAGAAGUGUUAGGGAGAGUAUUACCACCUGACUCAGACCUGACCCUGACCACGUACACUAACAACACUAACAACACUGAUGUUAUUGUUAAUGAUAACAACUUGGUCUCUACCUUCUCUCUGGACCUUGUUAUUCCUAUGAACGCUCCUCAACAGCAGUUGACAUGGUUUGUGACGAGGAUUUGCCAGCGAAUCAAGGAACAGCGCUCAGUCAUGAUAGUCAUGUUAGGAGAAAACGACCUGACCAUGUACGGUACGCCGCAGUGCCAUGGCCUAUUGCGCCAUCUUGUCAAAUCUCUGUUGUCGAUGAAGAAGACAGAAGAGUUGUUAACUUUGUCCGUUGGCACUUUUGUCAAUAAUCAGAUGUGUGAUGGGUUAAGCGAAUUCUCCAUGCAAGAUGGGAAAGUUACUGCUGUACCAAUUACAGCACUAGAUCUAGGAAUUGAACUACUUUCUCAGGCUGACAUACCAGACGAAGUUGAGCAAGUUCUGCACCAGUUUACAAUCAGAAACAGUGAUGCCAGUACAGGAUCAGUUUCGAUAUUGGAAUGUGAUAGCAUGGAUGCAGAUUCUAGUGAAAUACUGCAUCAGUAUCGGGCCUGUGGUAAAGUUUCGCCAGGAAGCCGACCUAAUGUGCUCUAUGAUACUGUUAAUGCAUACACAGAAAAAGGUGGGGCGGUGACUGUGUUUCUAAACCUAAAACCAGAUAUCCAAUCUACAGCAAACAGUCAGCGGCUUUUAAAAUACGCAUCUCAAAUAACCGGAGUUGAGCCUGUUACCCAAAACAGGAAAAGGGGGAUAUUCUCAUUCAGGAGCUGACACGUGUUUUUUCAUUAAGUGUUCUCCAGAUCAAAGAUUUGGACUUUCAUUUGUUUAAUCCUGGAACUUAGUUUCUAAUUUAUUUGUUUAAAUUAUUUAUCUGAAGACUGUAACAUAGGUCUGUGCCCUGUGGACUGUGGUCACGUGCUUGUUUUCAUAAUUUUGUUAAUUCAAUUUCUUUCUGUAUCGGUUUUUGUAGCAUCGGUAUAAUGGUUUCUUUUCUAUGUUAAGGGUUGAUGUUUGUGAUUGAUUAAUUAUUUGUUAAUGUUAUCAAAUUCCAG